CAGGAGGCGUGGGGUGCACGGCCCUCCCUGCCGAGGGCUCCUCGGAGGCCGAGCCACGCGAACCGGUGCGGCGGCCGGGCACCCACGCCCUCGGUCUCGCCGCCCCGCGGGCAGCUCCCUCCCCACGAAGCUUUGAAGGCGGUUUUUCAAAACCCGCGCCGCUUCCUCCACUCCUUCCUGAGUCUCAGGGCGAGAGGCGCGCGGCGUCACCCUCCUCCCGGCCACACAGACCGGGACCCCCGGGCAAGUCCCUCCGCGCCGGGACCAUGUCGGCGGAGACGGCGAGCGGCCCCACGCAGGACCAGGUGGAGAUCCUGGAGUACAACUUCAACAAGGUCAACAAGCACCCGGACCCCACCACGCUGCUGCUGAUCGCGGCCGAGGCCGGCCUUUCCGAGGAGGAGACGCAGAAAUGGUUUAAGCAGCGCCUGGCCCAGUGGCGGAAGUCGGAAGGCCUACCCUCAGAAAGCAGGUCCGUUACGGACUAAGGAGAUGGGGGGCGUGGGCAGCUCCCCUCCAUGAAGACCACCGGCUGUUUCUCUCCUGGGCUUAACCAAGCUGUUUUGGUUUGUCAGUGUCGUGUUGUAUGUUCACUGUUAGCUGUCCUGCUAUGUAACACAAUGUUGUAUUUUUUUAAUGUACAGAACUAGAAAAUACAAUAACAAUAGGAAGCUAUGUGCAGCUUCUGGGUAAAGCAGUGGCUUGACGAGGCAGGCGAUGUGGCUUGCCUUUCCCUUUGGGUCACGAUGACAGAGGGUGUGAAAAUCACCUAAGUUUGCUUUGGAGCAUCACCCCAUAAUAACAAUUUACUUUCACCAUCCAUUUCAACGCAGGCAAGGCCUCUGUUGAAAAGAUAACGUGACCAAGAGGGAGAAACAUUUUCUUCUGAAUCUACUUCCCUGAGUUGUUUUCCUUGUGUUUCAUUGAAUACAUUGAAGUUGUAUGAGAAUACAGAGGAAUAUUUGAGUCAUUCAGAUUUCAAUAAGUAGUUCCUUAGAUCAAAGCUGCAUUAACUUAGAAAGAACCCGGUUGGGCUAAAAGACAGAAACUGCACAAGUAACAAGACAGAAAAAGCAAGAAACUGAGAAAGAAAUCCACUAAAGUCUUUGAUUUACUUUAUUUAAAUGCUUUUGUUAAAUUUAUUUUGCUAGCCAAAAUGAACUGCUUUUUGUCUCUAAAAUGAUAUUCUAAAUAAAACAUUAACUUUUUGUUGAAAAUGCA